AUGGCUGUGCUGCACUUGCACCUGUACCUCACAGCCUUGGGCUGCUGGGUGACACAGCUGGCCAGCUCCUUCCUGCUGCCCAACGCCACCGAGCUGCUGUCCCCGCCCGAGGGCACGGCCGCGGGGCUGCCGUGGGCCGAGGGGGUCCCGCGGGGCCGGCGGAAGCGACACCUCUCCCCCCACGACAUGAGUGUGAUUCUGGACUAUCACAACCAAGUGCGGGCACAGGUGUCCCCUCCUGCUGCCAAUAUGGAAUACAUGGUGUGGGAUGAGCGGCUGGCCAGGGCAGCGGAGGCGUGGGCUGCACGCUGCCUGUGGGACCACGGCCCCCCCGAGCUGAUGAAGUAUGUGGGACAGAACCUCUCCAUCCAAUCGGGCAGGUACCGCUCUGUCAUGGACAUGGUGAAAUCCUGGCACCAGGAGAAGCAGCACUACUCCUUCCCCCAGCCCCGCGAGUGCACCCCCCGCUGCCCCUCCAAAUGCAGCGGCUCCGUCUGCAGCCACUACACGCAGAUGGUGUGGGCAACCUCGAGCCGCCUGGGCUGUGCCCUGGGCAGCUGUGCCAACGUGCGGGUGUGGGGCAGCACGUGGCGUCACGCCAUCCUCCUCGUCUGCAACUAUGCCAUCAAGGGCAACUGGCUGGGAGAAGCGCCCUACAAGGUGGGGCGGCCGUGCUCAGCCUGCCCCCCCACCUACGGCGGGGGCUGCUCCAACAACAUGUGCUUCAGCGGAGUCAAAUCCAACCAAGUCAGCUGGUUCUAGGGCUGCAGCCCCAGGAGGAGCCCUGGGAAUGGAGAUGGGGUGAACAAGAAUUAUUAUUUAUAACACUGACCCC